AUGUCUCUCACUCGCUACACCGCACCCAUUCCCCAGGGCGCGAAGGUGGUCGAGACGCGUGAGCAACUCAACCAAGUAGUCCGGGAAAAUCCCGAGACUGUCCUGUACGAUCAGGAUGGUGGCUACAUGUUGAAAGAUGAGAGCGGAACCGUGGUUGCCAUAGCUGCGGAUUCUCUGUGUCCCGAGUUGGACCAGGCCGUGGCUGAAGUCGAGGCCCUGCAAGCAGAGACGAAGCUGGCUGGCAAUGCCGGAGACCAAGGUGAUACCAAUGCCAAAAAGAGAGACGUUAAUGAUGUUCAGGACACUAAUCGUCCACUUCGUUGUUCUCACCCUAGAUGCUUCAAUUCCGCCAUCUGCCUGACCUAUACCGAUUGCCACGUCUGUUUGCGACAGCACCACUGUAUCUGA